AUGGCCACCCAGAUAAUGGGACAGUCUUCUGGAGGAGGAGGGCUGUUCACUGGCAGUGCCAACAUUGGCAUGGCCUUGCCAAACGACAUGUAUGACUUGCACGACCUCUCCAAAGCCGAACUGGCUGCCCCUCAGCUUAUUAUGUUGGCAAAUGUGGCCUUGACUGGGGAAGUAAAUGGCAAUUACUGUGAUUACCUAGUUGGUGAAGAAAGACAGAUGGCAGAACUGAUGCCUGUUGGGGAUAAUAACUUUUCAGAUAGUGAUGGAGAAGGGCUUGAAGAGUCUCCUGAAAUAAAAGGUGAACCUAAUGGAAUGGAAAGCAUGGAACUCGGAAAUUUGGAACUCAGUGUUAUAGAACCACAGCCUGUAUUUGAGGUAUCUGCUGCCCCAGAAAUUUAUAACUCAAAUAAAGAUCUUCCUACUGAAACACCUGGAGCAGAGGACAAAUCCAAGAACUUGAAGACAAAACCCUUUUGCUGUAAGCCAUGCCAGUAUGAGGCAGAAUCGGAAGAACAAUUUGUGCAUCAUGUUAGAGUUUACAGUGCCAAGAAACAUUUUGUGGAAGAAAGUGCAGAGAAGCAAGCAAAAGCCAAGGAAUCUGGUUCUCCUACUGCAGAAAAGGGAGAUUUCUCCAAAGGUCCCAUUCACUGCGACCGUUGUGGCUACAAUACCUAUGGAUACCAUCCCUAUAUUGCACAUCUGAAACACCACACCAGAGCUUGGGAUAAUGAGCUAGUCUGUAAGUGCAUUAUUUGCAUGUACACCACAGUAAGUGAGUAUCACUGGAGGAAACACUUGAGAAACCAUUUUCCUAGGAAAAAUACACACGUGGAAAAUACAACUAUUUUCCAGACAGAAAAAAACAAUUAUGUUCAGCAUGUUCGAAUUCACACAGGUAAGAGGAUCUUUGUAGUCUGUAAGUUCAAUGCUAUUAAAAAAAAGGAUGAGAAGCUCCUGAUUGGCUCCAGACAAUGGCGUAGCUGUUCCAAGCAGAGUGGGUGUAAACAGAUGGUGGUUCCAGCAGUUCAAAUUCACCGGCCAAAAACUGGCACAGUGCUAGAUCAUGAACAGCCCUGUUUUGUGGAGAGUGGACCUCUGCUGCCCUUUCAGUUUGGAGCUGCCUGUGGCCAGGGACUGGAGGACUGGAUGCUUUCUGCAUCCAAGAGUGUGGGAUGGGCACCAGGAGCCAGGGGAAUUACUCAUGUUAUCUCACUGAAGCUUUCCUGUCUGUUUGUCCUGUCCUGCACUUUCCUAGGUGUUGUAUAG